AUGGCGCAGCCGCCGCCGAUGGUCGUCCCGGAGACGACGACGGGGAAUAAUAAGGCAUUGGCGACAUGGGCACUGCCGCAGCUGAUCAAGGACCUCGGCGUCGGCAAGUCGGUGAGGUCCGGCGACUUCUCCGUCGGCGGCUACCGCUGGGCCGUCCUCUUCUACCCCUCCGGCUCCGAGCCUCCCAAACAGCCCGGCGGCGCGCGCCACGUGUCCGCCUACCUCGAGCUGCUGACCCCCAACGUCGACGAGGUCAGAGUCAUGUUUGACCUCAGCUUGACGGCUGGGACCCACCAUCCAUGGGUCGUCGCCGAGGAUUUCUCACCGGCUGACUCCGCCGAACUAAGACGGAGAUCCUUCUUCAAAGAGGGCGACUUCCGCCGCCACGCGUCCUUCUCCACCACGCCUCCGCCGCUCCGGCCGCCGCGCCCGCUGCCGCCUCACCACCCGCCGCGGUGCUGGGGCGUGGCGGAGUUCGCGCGCGGCGAUCUCGCGCCGUUCAUCGUCGACGGCGGGCUGGUCAUCCGGUGCGACGUCACCGUGAUCAAGCCGCCGCGCGUCACGCCGACGCGGCGGCUGCUUCAGGCGCCGACCGCCAUGCCGCCGCUAGGGCUAGGGGAGGAUCGCCGCCGGCUGCUAGAGAAGGAGAAGAGAGACACCGCCGGCGCGGAUGUCGAGGUGCUCGUGCGAGGCGAGUCCGUAGCGGCGCACCGCGCCCUGCUCGCCGCACGGUCCCCGGUGCUCCGGAAAAGGCUCCAUGAGACCGGUAAUACCGCCGUUGCCGGAGACGACGACGAAAAGGAGAACGACAAAGACGGCGACGGCAAGAAGCGCCGCCACACCGCGGCCAAGCGGGUGGCGGUGACGGUGGAUGACGUGGAGCCGGCGGUGUUCAAGGCGAUGCUCCACUUCAUCUACACUGACGAGCUUCCACCGGAGAGCGCCGGCGAGGCGACGGAGCUCCUCCAGUGGCUAUUCGAGGCGGCGAAGGCCUACGGGGUGGAGAGGCUGCCACAAAUGUGCGAGGCGGUGUUGUGCGCGAGACUGAGCAAGGCGACGAUAAAGGCCGCCGCCGCCUUUGCCCGGCGCCAUGGCGGAUCAUGCGACAAGCUCAAGACGGCGUGCUUGGAGUUCUACAAGGCCACACACCGGGUGUCGGAGACGGCCAUUAUUGGUUCCGAGCAGCGGCUCAAGAGAAGCCUCCCGGAUGGCGAAGCAGAUGAUGAUGAUUCAGAGGCUGCUGCUGACAAGCGGCUUAAAAGAGCUUGA